AUGGUACCUUUGAGGCAAAUUGUACCAAACAAGAAUUUGAGUGGAUUUGUGUUUUUUGAUAAAAAUAUGAAAGCAUUACUGUUUUAUUGUGCCUUUAUUCUUGUGUCAUUUUAUGCUUUGUCAGUGCUAUCAAUAAAAUGUUAUGUGUGUAAAGAGCCUGAUUUAAAAUGUCGUGAUCCAUUUCAAAAUGACACAAUAUUUUUGAAAGAUUGUGCACAAGUUGGAAUGGCAAAUGCAACAAUGUGUAGAAAAUAUAUGUGGGAAAUCGGUGAUGGUGUUACAUAUUUUCAACGUGGAUGUGCUGUGCAUGGACGUGUUAGUAGAAAACAAGGAAGAAAUUGUAUUGAAAGAAUAGGAACAUGGAAGACAAAAAUGUGGUAUUGUCAAUGUGAUAAUAAAGACGGUUGUAAUACGAGUACAUCUUUACAUUCAUCUAAAAUAUUAAUUUUAUUCGUUAUUUGUUUAUUUUUUUGGAUCAAAUAG